AUGUUGCUAUGUAUUUUAGUUGAAAUUGUUUUUGAUCCGGAUACUGGAAAACAAAUAUUAAUAUUAAAAAAGGAAGUUCCAAAAACACCUCCUAUUAUUCAAUCAGAUAUAGCAAUUGACGAUUUUGAAUUGGUAACAGAUGAAAAAACCGGUGAAACUGUAUUAAGAUUAAAAGCUGAUAUAGCAGCUCGAAAAGGAUUAACUGGUUUAGCAAAAACAAAUUUUGAAGUUGUUGUUGAUCCAACAACAGGUCAAACAGUAAUACGUAUAAAAGAUGAUGGAACAAAUCAAAUGAAUCGUAAUCGAAUUGAAAUUAUAACUGAUGCAAUAACAGGUAAACAAACAAUCCGAAUGAUUGGUGAUGAUGAUAAUGAUGAAUCAAAUGAACCUAUUAUUACAAUGACAGAAAAUGAUAUUGAUUUAAAUGAUUUUGAACGUAUUAUUGAUCCAAAAACAGGUCGUGAAAUAUUACGAAUGAAAGCUGAUGUACUUAAAGCUAAAGGUUUAGAAGAAUUAGCAAAUGCUGAAUUUGAAAUUGUUAUUGAUGCUAUUACGGGUCAAUCGAGAAUAGUUCUUAAAACUCCAUCAUCUGAUUUAAGUGGUGGAACAAAUACAACUUUUGAAGUUGUUGUUGAUAUUGUUACUGGCAAACAAAAAAUAAUUAAACGAACUAUUACAGAACAAGAAAAAGAUAAUGUAGAUAUUAUUGAAAGUCAAUUAAAUGUAGAUGAUUUUGAACGUGUUAUUGAUCCUAAUACAGGUCUUGAAGUAUUAAGAUUAAAAAAAGGUGCUGCUGCACGUAAAGGUUUAACUGAUUUACUUGAUGUUGAAUUUGAAAUGGUUACGGAUGCUAAUGGAAAACAAACAAUUGCUAUUAAAGGCGGUGGAAAUCAAGGCAAUGCUGGUUCACAUAACAUAAAAUUGAAAUAG